AUGUCAAAGCUUUAUGCAGGUGGUUUGUUUCUGGACGAGUGCGAUGAUAGCAAAGAUAGUUCAUUUUGUGAAUCUGACUUUCAUGACUUGUCUGGCGACGAUUCGCCCUCUGACUAUGAACAGCAAAUGAAGAAUCGGAAACGCAAAACUAAAACUCCUUGCAAGCUCAAUGAAUAUGAAACUGAAGAUAUUUCUAAAACAAAACGUUCAAGCAAUAGUAAGUAUGUUAAAAAUCAACAUGACUGCUUUGGUAUUAUGAUUAAAUUCUGCAUGUUGGAACUAGGCUGCAUGUUGCAUCAAGCAGAUAAUAUACAACUUAUGUCUUAUGGUAUUUUUUCAGAAGGUUGGUGUGUCGUUGAGUGGGAUGGGGAAGAUACCUUUGACUGUCUUUCAAAAAGCAAAAUAGCAACAAUAAAUGGAGACGACCCACUGUAUGUAGAAGGAGAAGAAGUUUUAGCUGUCUACCGGGGGAAACCAUACAAGGCAGUUAUUGUCAGUGUGGCAGGUAUUUUUGAAAACCAUGCACUCAUAUCCCGUAACGUGCGAACUAUGAAGAUGUCAUAUAUGGAAAGAAAUCAACAGCAUUUCCUUGAUAUGUUUUUGUAGACAAGUUCACAUAUUUUGCUAUGCAGGUUUUUCUUGGCGGGCCUCGUGAACAAGUUUUUCUUGUUGAAAAGGCUUGCAUCCGCUGCAUCCUCUGUAUUAAUAUAGACGCGAUCUCGUGUUUUAUAUAAUAGAGUAUUUUAAUAGAGAGGUUGAGAUUGACAUUUUAUACAGCGUACCGGCUUAACUUAAUUGAAUAUUGAGACAAUCUGCAAUCAAAAAGCUUCAAAGACGUGUAUAAAACGUACUUUCCAAUACGAUUUGAAAUUUGCCGGUGUUUGCGGUUAGCGCCAUUAGCAGUUUGCCGUGGACAUGAAUCUUAUUAAACCUUUUUAUAAUAUCUGAUUAAGACGCGUAAAUGCUGGUCCAACAUGCAUCACCAACGUAAUGCACGUCGGAUGUAAAAUAUUGCCACGUUUUGACUGGAUUUAAAUGAAAAUGAAUGUUUGCAUGGCGUUGUUAGCUUCGUUGGUGAAGGACUUAGUCACUCUAGUGUUUUAUUAAUAUAAGCCAAACUUUAUUUUCUUGUAGAUAGCCCAUAGAAAUAAUAGACAGGUCUAAUAUUUCUAUGAGAUAGCCUUUGCUUAACCCAUUGAGUCGCAUUGCACCCUGAUGCACCCUACUUUAGUAUUUUACUCUGUCUAACGGCAGACGAUUUUACUCGUCAAAAGGAGAGCGCUGGCGCUUAAUGGGUUAACUGGCCUAUCUGCCCAUGUGUCUAGUUAACCCAUUGGGUCGCAUUGCACCCUGAUGCACCCUACUUUAGUAUUUUACUCUGUCUAAUGGCAGACGAUUUUACUCGUCAAAGAGAGAGCGCUGGCGCUUAAUGGGUUAAAUACUCUUACAAUUUAGAAACUAAGAAGGAUGCAGAACAAUUCUACAGGCAAAAAACAAAGAAACACCUGAAUGUUGGUAAUUCUGUGAAAAAGGAGCCAAAAAAAGCUACUACAGCUGUUAAACCUAAGAAACCGAAAUAUAGUACUGUGCCUGUGGUUGAAAAAGCUCAAAGAGGCCAAAUGAAAGAAUUACUAAACGUCUUUCAGCAAAAGCCGAACUUCGAAGCAGAUUCUCCUAAGACUCCUGAGAAAGUUGACUUGACCAACAUAAAAGAACGCACUUUCACCUCUCCAUUCGACCUCAGAGAUGAAGUAAGGCACUAUAAAAGUACUGUGUGAAAUACAAUAGUAUACCACAUGUUAAUUAGUCCACUCUAAACCAUGAACUUGUCGCGAUCUUUGCCAUAUCUUGCUAUUAGUUUGUCAAGAUUUAAUAAUUUAAUCUACACCAUUGAUCACCCAUCUUUCCUGACAAGAAUAUCUAUUAUUUGUUAACAAUUUUUUUUUAGCAAUGUAAGAAGGAUACGGAGACAAUAAGACGCCAGGCACAAACCAUACAACUCCUGCAACAAAGUAAAUAUAAGCUAAGUUUGUUUAUGAGUGCUUUUGUUGCAUUGUUGAUUUCUUAGUGUUAACCGUGCUUUUUUUUGUUUUACUAAGGUGUGAAUGCUUUACAGUGGGAGCUCACAAAUAUAAAGUCACCAAGGAAACCAAACUUUGUAUGUGUACAAAUCUAAAAAGAAAUUUUAAUUAAUUGCAACCUUAAAAAUUGUAAUUGUAAAUAAUAUGAUGGUUUAGUCGUACUGUUAAACCUUCUGCUGGAUGAGGAUCAUUUAGUAAAAUUCCCAAAGACUACUGCAAUUAGCCAUGUGGAUUAAUUGACACUUAAUAUGCCUUAUUUCACGAUAUUGCUUAUAUUUUACAAAAGACGUACUUGAAUCCAGUGGGGGGUUUUAUCAGCUGGUUGCCAUCUAUAUGUAGUCGAGUUGCCAAAAUGAAUCACUCGGCAACCAUAGUUAUCCAUAGCUAUUUAGAAAAAAUACGUAAUACCUGUGCAGUGCUGCAGGGAGGUUAUGCAGGCCCCGGGGCAAAACGUCCCAGGGGGGAGGCAUAUUUCUCAUAAAUUUUCUCCCAAAUUCUUGUCAACGGAGUUGAAACUACGCUAUCAGUACAGUGCUGAUUUCCUUUGUGUUUUUGUCAUGAAUUAUUAAUGAUUUUGAGAACUUAUUCUUGCAUUUUAGUAACUGUAUGCAUACUGUUUUAUUAACAGCCUUUCCAAAUAUAUAUAUAUAUAUAUAUAUAUAUAUAUUCAGUAUCUUAACACCGGCAUAUAAAUAAUAUUUGUACAAUUUUAAUUACCGGUACCAGGGUUUGCCCGUUUGCCAGUCAUCAAUGUCACCAUCAACACCAACACCAUCACCAACAAGGGACAAGUCACCCUCUUCCCAAGAGUUAAAAGUGCACAGUGAAUCAGGUAUUAUAACAGAUAUACCUCACCACCUGAAAUCUAAAGCAGCUGCAGCUGGGCAAAUGAAAAAGGCAGCAAGAAUCCUUGCUGCAACACUGUUUACUGUUAAAGAAAGGUGUUCAUGCACAAUAUCUGGUUCAACAAAUAAAGAAACUGCAAGUGGAGACAAAAAUGUGAGGCCAAAGUUUGAUGAAGGUCGUAUGACUCUGAUACAUGGCAAGGACUAG